AUGAGUAGGGACUCCAGUAUCGAUUCAGAUUUAGAAAGAGACAAAGAGGAUAAUGCUGAAAUUUCAGAUUCCGAUAGCGCUACUGAUGAUAAGGACUAUGUUGUAGAUAAUACAGGUGCAGAUUCUCUCAUAGGAGGAUCUGAAGUAAUAUCAAGAUCAGAAAGUCGUAAACACAGGCAUGCAAAUGAAUCAAUAUAUGAUGAUGAUGAAAGAAGUACGGAUAGCGAUAUACAAAGUUUGACUUCCAAUGCCGAUGAAUCUCAAACUAAGCAAAACCACAGGAUAUUUACCUUCAAUCUGCCUUUUGGGGGUAAAAACUUGCUACCAACAUCACCUCUCUCAAGCUUGAAAACAUUAAUUCCAGGAUAUAACAAUUCUGAACAGUUGUUUACUGAUGACAAAAAACAGCAUGAAAGCAGAAGGGACAUUAAACUAAAACUUAAGAGACAAGAAACUAUCUCAUCCCUUGAAGAGCUGAAACUAUUCAAAGACCAGAAAGGAAUAGAUAAUGUCAGAGCAAGAGCCGUGAAAAGGGUUUUCACGCCAGGCGCUAUAUUUCAUACAAUCAGAAGUUUAUCUGUAGAUCCUGAAAUGACAACACAUGACGGUUAUCCAUGGGCCAGAAUUGAGUCUAUAUGGGACGAACUGGAAGGCGAUAUAGUAAUUCUGGGUGGAUAUAGGGGAAGCAUACUGCGCGACUCCGAAACCGGAAGACGAGUAUGGAUCCCUAUUCGCGCCGGUUUGAACAUUCGCAAAGUUGACUUACUAAUCGGCCCAACUGAUAGAGAUGAAUUAGAUGCUCAAAAAAGUAUCUAUCCAGAUGGUAUGCUCACUCAUCUCGGUCCUGUUGAUGUUGCUAAAAAACUAAUUAAGAGGCUUAGAAACAAUCCGCGUGUACAUAUCGAAGACUUUGGUUACGAUUGGAGGCUCUCUUUGGAUAUCACAUCUGUACAGCUCGCAGAAAAACUACAGUCAUUGUAUGACUCUCAGAAGGAGAAAAAAGGAGUAUACGUCAUUGCCCAUUCUAUGGGAGGCUUGAUCGCUCAUAAAGUUCUGCAAGAUCAUACUCAUUUAAUUAGGGGUUUGAUAUAUGUUGGUGCUCCAAGCCAAUGCCCUAAUAUUUUAGGCCCAUUAAGAUUCGGCGAUGAAGUAAUAUUCAAUAAAUCAAUUCUCAGCGCCGAAGCUAACUUCUUCAUGCGAAGCAGCUUUUAUUUUUUACCCUUUGAUGGAAGAUGCUUUGUUAAUAAAAACACGUUCAAGCGGUAUGAUCUAGAUUUCUUUGAUGCUGAAGUUUGGAGCGAAUAUGGUCUUUCUCCUCUAGUAGACAAGCGGAGAGAAAUUGAAGAUGAACAAUUAGAACAAAGUACUAGCGCAUCUGAUAAGGACAAAGACAUCUUUAGCCUAUUGCCCCACGUAGACAUGCUGAGAUCCUCGAGUAAAAAUGCAAACAACGAAGUUGACGCUACGGAAUUCAAAACCCCCAGAAACGUCUGCAUUGAAUACUUAUCAAAAACGCUUAAACGUACCAGAGCAUUUUUAGAAAGUUUGGAAUACGAUGAAUCACGGGAAUACCCGCCUCUCGCAAUUGUUUAUGGGAAUAGAGUACCAACUGUUAGAGGUGCAAAAGUCUCGAGUAGAGAAGAGAUUAAAGAGGGAAUAUACGAUGAUUUCUACUACGGGCCAGGAGAUGGAGUAGUUCAUCAUAAGUGGCUACUUCCCGAAAAACGCGGUUUUCCUGUUGUAGCUAAAGUUGCAUCCGAAUGCGCACAUGUAAGCCUUAUGACUGAUUUUGAAGCUAUUGCCAAGGCUUUUAUAUCAAUUGUUGAAGCUGAAGAAGUGUCCGCUUACUCGGACGAAACAUGA